AUGAUGCCGCUCAUCAAGCUCGUGCAUCCCGACAUGUUCGGACAGUAUCCUCCCGACGUGGCCAGCACCAACUCCAAGUCCUUGAAGGACCUCAACACGCUGAUUGACGCUGCGGAGGCCUUGGAGGCAGGGGCUGCCGGAGCGAAACCAGCCAACGGUAGCGGUAGCGUAAGGUCGCCGGCACCGCCCCCGACGGUGGCCCCGUUCUACUCCCUCACCUUCUUCCACCUCAAACAGAACCCCGCCUCUUCCGACAACGAAGACCCGAACACCAACGCCGACAAAGCAUGGCGGCAAUCGGGCAGAAACGACACAACAAACAGUAGCAGCAGCAACAGCAGCAACAACAGCAGCAACAACAGCAGCAACAACAGCAGCUCACUCGUGGAGCUCAGCGCCGAGCUCCGGUUUCCCCCGACGCUCUCCUCCGACCCCUCGGGAUCGCUUCGCGGGCAGCUCCGCCGGCAGCUAGACGGGCUCUUGCGACGGGCAUCGGUCGGCCACGACUACGGGAAAGCUGGCGGUGGUAAUGAGGAGACAGAAGAUGAGCAAGCGAGGAGGGCGAUGGGGGACGGCGUGAGGGUGAGGGAGGGGGAAACGGAAGAAGCUUUCUACGGCGAGGCGUUCGGCGUGGGCAGAAGGAGGAGGAGGGGGGGGCCGCCUCGAGACGGCAUACGGACGGAACGGGCCUCCAGAACCACCGACCGGGACCAAGGGGAUGCGCCGACGAUGACCUCCGAGGAGCUUCGCGAACUCACCAUCGAGCACGCGGGGGACAACCACCACGUCGACCCGUGGGACGCCGGCGCCGGUUCGGGCUUCUUCGGGGGAGGGCUCGGUGGCGGUGGGGGCAGGGGAGUGAGAAGGUUUGGCGGCGCCGAGGCUGCUUCGCAAGCGAGAUCUCGACGGGUGGACGACCUCUUGCGCAGCGGCAGGGUGCAGUUUGCGGGCGUCCCGGUGUCCCGCGAGGCGGCAGCUCUGCUACGGUUACACCGGACCCUCGUCAAGCACUUCGAGCACUUGGAGUUGCACGAUAGGGGGCUGUGGAGCACCGUGGUGCUCGUGCUGAGGGCAAGGUCGGAGAGCUACGAGGUCCAGGUGCACUCGGGCGGCCCUGUCCUCGUUUUCCCCGAGAAGUUUUCGGAGAGAAACCUGGUUCGCUUUUUGUCGGAGGUGCUGCUGUCGUACACCUAGCUAUGUAGCACCGGAGUGUCUGGAGCAUAAUUAUGUAGCAAGAAGAAUGUUUGGGGCUGCACCACUGACCCUUCAGUCUGUAAUUUAGUCUGGUGUUCGUUCGGAGCGACGCAUGGCUUUCGUGUAAUACCCACUCCGCUAAUCGCCUUUUUGAGAUGUAUGCUAGACUCUUGUACUACAGCAAUCUCGUUGGGCAGGAGGCACACUUGUGGUUAAGGGGACGGGGGGGCGGUGGUCUAUCAUAACAGAUAUUUGUGUCAUGUCCAAGACGUGUGCUGUGAAGAUUGUGUGACAUUCUGUGGUGGAACACCGCUGUUUGGAGAAUAAUUAACAUUAGUUACCGUAGAUGCGCAGCGCACGGGCGAAAUGCCCCUAGUUCACGGGGG